AUGCGAUUCUCCUCCAUCCUUACUCUAGCUUGCGCUAUUACCGCAUUUGUGCUCUCUCUUCUCUGCAUAUUCGCAGGAUCUAGCAAGUCUUUCCUUCAAAGAGCAGACUUGUUGACGCUCAAUAUCUCUCGAAUUGGCCACACCAGUAUAUUCAAUACUUCUGACGGCGAUGGUGGUUUCUUCAGCAAUCUGGUCAAUGACCUCGAAGGCGAUCUCAACAGCCUGGUGAACAAUGUGACUUCUGACAUAGCAAGCGCUUUGAAUCUGCCUGAUUUUUUCAACGUUCAUGUGAUGGACUUCUGUGAGGGAUCCUACCUGCCUAAACCCACUGUUCACAAUGCGCGAGAGAAUAUCACUGCAUGCUCCAACCGAUCGACGGUGUUCCACUUUGACCCAUCCAAGGUUAUUCAAAAAAAGCUCCCUGAUGGGAUCACUUUAGAGGACAUACACUGGCCGACUACGAUUGAGGAUACUGAGCACGACUUGAAAAUUGUCAGCACAACAAUGGUUGUGUUUUAUAUCAUCGGGAUUGCAUUUGCGGGCAUUGCUAUCUUGACUGCGCUUUGGGGUAUCUGGGCAGGUAGCCGAUUGUCUGCGGUCGUGAACUUCUUUAUCGAUGUGCUUGCCUUUGUCACCCUCGGCAUUGCGUCGGCCAUAGCCACUGCGAUCAUCGUCAAGGCUGUCGAGGUUAUCAAUAAAUACGGAGACGAUAUUGGGAUUGCGGCGUAUAGAGGAUCGAGGUUUUUAGGGAUGACCUGGGGGGCAACAGCAGUCAUGCUACUGGCGUCUAUCGUUUCUGUUGCACAAUGUUGUACGGGCGGUCGCAGACGUGAACGUUACAAUGGCAAGGGAGCAUCCUGA